CUCCAUCGCUUUUCUGUUUUCGGGGAGGAUUGAUUAUGAUAUAUCCUACGCACAGCGUUUAGUCCCGUAAUUGAAAUUCAAAAACACCAAUUUAUCAUUUGGUUUUGGUGUCUGUCGCCGGCACUCGGCAGAGAAACAAAUAGCAAAAAAAGAAAAAGGAAGAAGAAAACACAAACCCUUCACCUCUGAUUCUAGAUCUGGAUAGAUCGAUUCAUUGAUAGGAAAAACAAUUCAAGAACAAGUAAAAAUAAAAUGUCGGAAGAAGAAAAACUACUGAAGGAGGCAAAGAAAUUGUCAUGGGAAGACCGGUUGCUGCACAAGAAUUGGAAGGUGAGGAAUGAGGCUAACAUCGAUUUAGCUUCUCUCUGCGAUUCCAUCACGGAUCCGAAGGACCCGAGGCUUCGGGAAAUAGCUCCGUUUUUCAGAAAGACAGUGGCGGAUUCGAAUGCUCCGGUACAGGAGAAGGCGUUGGAUGCUUUGAUUGCCUUCUUAAAAGCGGCCGACUCAGAUGCCGGAAGGUAUGCCAAGGAAGUAUGUGAUGCCAUCGUGGCGAAAUGUCUCACGGGCAGGCCUAAGACUGUCGAGAAGGCCCAGGCGGCUUUCAUGCUCUGGGUAGAGUUGGAGGCUGUUGAUGUUUUUCUGGAUUCAAUGGAGAAGGCCAUAAAGAAUAAAGUUGCCAAAGCAGUGGUGCCUGCAAUUGAUGUCAUGUUUCAGGCACUAAGUGAAUUUGGAGCCAAAGUUGUCCCACCUAAAAGAAUUCUAAAGAUGCUUCCUGAACUCUUUGACCAUCAAGAUCAAAAUGUUCGUGCAUCCUCCAAAGGGCUCACUCUUGAGCUUUGUCGUUGGAUUGGAAAGGAUCCUGUAAAGUCAAUAUUGUUUGAGAAGAUGCGUGACACUAUGAAAAAAGAGCUUGAGGCUGAGCUUGUGAAUGUGACUGGGACAGCUAAGCCAUCACGGAAGAUAAGAUCUGAGCAAGACAAGGAACCGGAACCUGAAACUGUUUCUGAAGCUGCUGGCACUGGUGCUGUUGAAGAAUAUGAAGCUGAUACUCCUGUGGAAAUAGAUGAAUAUGAGCUUGUUGAUCCAGUUGAUAUAUUAACUCCUCUGGAGAAGUCUGGAUUUUGGGAUGGAGUGAAAGCUACCAAGUGGUCAGAAAGAAAGGAGGCUGUUGCUGAACUCACAAAGCUUGCAUCGACAAAAAAGAUAGCUCAUGGUGAUUUUUCGGAAGUUUGCCGGACUUUGAAGAAGCUUGUUACAGAUGUAAACAUUGCUGUUGCAGUUGAAUCCAUCCAAGCUAUUGGGAAUCUUGCUCAGGGUUUGCGAACUCAUUUUUCUGGUAGUUCGCGCUUUUUGUUGCCGGUUUUACUUGAAAAAUUGAAAGAGAAAAAACCUUCCUUGACUGAGGCACUCACACAAACUCUUCAAGCAAUGCACAAAUCUGGGUGCUUAAGUCUGGCUGACAUUGUUGAAGAUGUUAAAAUUGCAACUAAAAAACAAAGUUCCACUUGUUCGUUCAUUAACUUUGUAUUGGGUGACAUUCUGUAUCGAAACAAGUAACAAAGCUGUUGUUCUGAAGGUGCAUAAGGAUUAUGUCCCAAUCUGUAUGGAGUGUCUUAAUGAUGGGACCCCAGAUGUCAGAGAUGCAGCCUUUUCGGCGCUGACAGCUGUAGCUAAGUCUGUCGGUAUGAGGCCAUUAGAGAGGUCAUUGGAAAAACUUGACGAUGUUA